AUGGCAGACAUCGCAUUCCCCGCCAAUGCAAAGAGUCUAAGCCUCUCUUCCGGCCACACAUACACAUAUGUAUACAUAUCCGCCCAAACCGACAAGUCAACAAUCCUAUUUCUGCACGGAUUCCCUUCCUCAAGCUAUGACUGGCGGCACCAGAUAGAUUUCUUUGCAAACGAAGGCUAUGGAGUCCUUGCACCCGAUCUACUCGGCUACGGCGGAACCAGCAAACCCACAUCUACAGAUGAAUACAAGGCCAAGAAAAUGGUAGCUGAGAUCUCAGAAAUCCUAGACCAUGAGAAACUCGAAUACGUCCAUGCUGUAUCACACGAUAUAGGCAGUAUUUUGUUAUCCCGCCUAGCGAACUAUCUCACUCAGCGCCUUUUAUCAUGCACGUUUAUAGGUGUACCAUACAGUAGACCGGGCUCACAUUUUGAUCUUGAUGCCGUGAAUGCAAUGACGAAGAAUCUACUUGGGAAGGAGAAAUUCGGAUAUCUUCGUUUAUUCAUCGAAGAUUACGCGGGAAAACUACUAGAUGAGCAUAGUGAUUCCUUUUUCACGCUAUUUUAUCCUGCCGAGCCAAAUCUGUGGGACGACCAUAUGGGCCCAACCGGAUCUAUGGAAGCCUGGCUUCGAGAGGAUAGACAAGCACUACUUGCAGACUAUAUUUCACCUGAGGAAAAAGCCAUACACCAAAAGAUCCUUCAAGGCCAUCAUGGUACCGCACUGAAAUGGUACUACCCACUGGUGUACAAUAUGAACGAACAGGACGAGGUUGAUUCUGCAUUGCCUAACCAGGUUGCAUGUCCCGUGCUGAUGGUCUUUCCAUCAUCAACCGUAGACCAGUAUUCAGCCAGUGAAAGCAAGUCGACUGAAUUUGCGAAUGGGUUGACCAUCAAAGGCGUGAACAAAAAUGGCCACUGGUUACAGUUAGAAGCGAAGGAUGAGGUGAACGCGAUAUUGAAGGAAUUCUUUGAGGCGGAGACGAGUAAAGCGCCUCGCGAAUCUUCUACUUGA